UGGUUUACUCGGGAAAAAUCGAAAUAUAAGUGACAAGACCCGAAUGAAAAUGAGUUUGAUUUUUUCUGUGCUUUGUUUCUUCCUAGGUAUGAAUCUGCUACAAUUUCUCUGAUUCUGAAAUAACAAUAACUCAUAGUAAUACCCCCAAACAACAAAAUGGGAGAUAACAAACGUAAGAGAGGACGCAAAGCCAAAACCCCCGCCUCCGAAACCCUAGACCACCCCGCCCCCGUCACCACCACCGCUCCAAAUUCCACCUCCACCGCCAUGGACGAUGUCUUCUCCGUCGGCAACGUCGAGCUCAUCGACACCACGGCCUCUCCGCACCACCGCCGCCUCCGCGCCCGUCCCAACCACUCCGAGAAGCCCCACGCUCUGCCCACGGGGCGCCGCCACGCCCGCCCCCUCGACAACGGAGGCGGUGACUUCUCGGUCCCCAGCGACGUCGUCGGGGUUUCCCCUGCCGUGGCGAUGGAGGCGGACCCGGCGGCGUGGGUGGCAAGGGCGCUGCCGGCGAUGGACUCGGUGGUGAAGGUGUUCUGCGUCCACACGGAGCCUAAUUUCUCGCUGCCGUGGCAGAGGAAGAGGCAAUACAGCUCGAGCAGCAGCGGGUUUGUGAUUGGCGGGAGAAGGGUUCUCACCAAUGCGCAUUCGGUAGAACACUAUACACAGGUCAAGCUCAAGAAACGUGGCUCUGAUACCAAGUACUUGGCCACUGUGCUCGCCAUUGGAACCGAAUGUGACAUUGCCAUGCUUACAGUUGAUGAUGAUGAGUUCUGGCAAGGGAUGUCACCUGUAGAGUUUGGGGAAUUGCCCACACUUCAAGACGCAGUUACAGUUGUGGGCUACCCAAUUGGUGGAGACACUAUCUCCGUCACCAGUGGUGUUGUAUCACGCAUUGAGAUUCUAUCUUAUGUCCAUGGUUCUACAGAACUUCUAGGUUUACAGAUAGAUGCUGCUAUAAAUUCUGGCAAUUCUGGUGGACCUGCAUUUAAUGACAAAGGAAACUGUGUGGGGAUUGCAUUUCAGUCCCUCAAGCAUGAAGAUGCGGAGAAUAUAGGUUAUGUCAUUCCAACGCCAGUUAUCAUGCAUUUUAUCCAGGAUUAUGAGAAGAAUGGAGGAUAUACUGGAUUCCCUAUUCUUGGGGUUGAGUGGCAGAAAAUGGAAAAUCCUGAUCUGCGAAUGGCCAUGGGCAUGAAACCUGAUCAGAAAGGUGUGCGCAUUAGAAGAAUUGAUCCUACUGCUCCAGAAUCCAAGGUUUUGAAGCCAUCAGAUGUUAUCCUUAGUUUUGAUGGGGUUGAUAUUGCCAAUGAUGGAACAGUUCCAUUUCGCCACGGAGAGCGCAUUGGUUUCAGUUAUCUCAUAUCACAGAAAUAUACUGGGGAUAAUGCAGCAAUCAAAGUACUGCGGAAUUCAGACAUUUUCAAAUUUGACAUUAAACUUGAUAGUCACAGAAGGCUUAUUCCAGCACACAGCAAGGGCAAACCUCCCUCAUAUUAUAUUAUUGCUGGAUUUGUUUUUACAACUGUUUCUGUUCCAUAUCUUCGUUCCGAGUAUGGAAAGGAUUAUGAAUAUGAAGCUCCAGUCAAGCUUUUGGAUAAACUGCUGCAUUCGAUGCCACAAUCACCGGAUGAACAACUUGUUGUGGUCUCUCAGGUGCUGGUGGCUGAUAUCAACAUUGGAUAUGAAGAUAUUGUUAACACCCAGGUCCUUGCUUUCAAUGGUCAACCAGUGAAAAACCUGAAGAGCCUAGCCACUAUGGUAGAGAGCUGCAAUGAUGAAUAUCUAAAAUUUGAUCUAGAUUAUGAUCAGAUCGUGGUGCUUCGCAUGAAGACUGCAAAAGCAGCUACUCUUGAUAUUCUUGCAACGCACUGUAUUCCAUCAGCAAUGUCUGAUGAUCUUAAGUCAUGAUAUGAAUCACAAUGUAGUAGAUUCUGCAUCAUGAUCUUAAGUCAUUAUAUUUUUAGUUAGAUUGUUUCCCUACAUGGUACUGGGAGUUAUGUUUAAUUUAAGUGCUAAUGCCUCUUGGGACUCUGAUGGUUCCACAUUUUGAAAGAGAUGAUAGAUAGGUAAGCAGGAUUUACAUUACAAUUCAUUGUCUUCUGAUACAUUGGCCUUUUUCAAAUUUUGAGGGAACUGAGCAAUGUAAAGAGUUUCUAUUAUUUUCA